AUGCCACCUAAGAAAGCCAACAAGAGGCAGGCGCGCAAGGCAGCAGCCCAGAAGGGCGCCGCGACGAGAAGCAAGAAUGCCGCCCUGAAGAAGGCCGAGGCCAGCCAGGCGGAUGAUGCCAGUAGUCCGGCCAGCAGCCCCGCCCCUGUGCCCCCUACCACUCCGACUGUCAAAGAUAUCAAACCGAACUUCCCAGACUUCCUCGAUUUGGGUGGCGACCCGAACACGCUCACGCCCGUACCGAGCCUCACGGAGUUUCCGGAGAUUUUGACCUCUGAAGUGAAGACGAACCUCCUGACCACACAGAAGGCGAGCACCCGGUGCAUCGACUACAAUCUGCCUAUGAACUAUGGGUACCUGCCGCUCCAUGAGGUUGUGAAUGAGAAAGAGGAGCCCUUUACCCAGGAGUGGUGGGACACUUCCAAGCCCGGCCUGUUGUCCAUUGCCGACCUGGACACUCGCGAGCCCACGGCGCAAGAAGUGAAAGAGAACAGCAGAUGGAUCGGCAAGAGAUACAAGCAGGUAACCUUGUACUACUCGCUUUCCGCGGAUAAGAUGGGAAAUCAGACCCUCGGCGAGAUCCUCGCCGUAUCCAAAGUCAAGCAUAUCUACCAGCACAUGACGUGCCUCGCGAUGAAGUUCUUCGGCCCCCUCUGCCGGGCCAAGGCAGCCAAGUUCUGGGAACACCCUGUCACUCAAGCCAACGCAACCCAGCAGAUGGUCGAUCUUGUCACGGGCUUCGCGGUGCCCAGGGAGCGUCAUAUCCUAGAGCUUGUGAUCAACGACCCCGAACAGCCAGUAUGCCUAAUCCGGAAUGGUGACCUCGGGAAGGAGCCCCGGAACUCGAUCAACCUCAACACGACAGCCAACAUGGCCGUAUUGAAGUACCUUGCGCACUGCCCUACCGGAAUCCACCCAGAUGAUGCUGGCACUAAGCGUUACAAGUGCGAGUCCCCGGGCCCGGAUCGCCCGUACGGCUUUUCCUUUGAUGACCUCUUUCGUGGGGUGGUGGCAUACCAUGCAUGUGUGCGUCAGCGCGAGAAGAGCAGUCAUGUCCAUGCCAAGAAGGGUGUGAUUGAUGGCGCUAAGACUCCAAGUAUGGGCGAGAGAGCUAUUGGAAGCUACAUCAAGGCAAGCCAAAAGCACUAUGGUCAAUACAUUGCGGAAGAUGACCCAGAGGACGCCAUACCCGAGAACCUAGCACAACAAGGUGUCAUGAACCUCGCAGAAAAGAUCAUCAGUAUUCACAAGCAAUAUGAGGAGCGAAUGGCUAAGGAAGGCCGCUCAACUGGACUCUCAUCUGCUACCAUUGACGACUUGGCUAGCAGGCUAUGGCGCCGUACCGCCUACAUGUUCCGCGUGGCUCAGUACAAUAGCAUCACCCAGGCCGCAGCGGGUAAGGGAUCCAAUUCCAGUAGCCGCCGUAAAGCACUCGACCCUAUGGAGCAACUCCCCCCGAUCGAUCACAAAACAGUACUAGCCCUCAUCUCGGAGCUUUACUCGCGCGGCUUCUUCAAGCAGCCGGUUGUUACCACCUCUAGGGGUAUUGACAUCAUGAACAAAUUCCGGGCCCUCCUACCAGACACCUGGUGUAUUGAGGCGUACAUGGCCCAGCUGGAGCGGGAUGGCGACGUAACCAACCUGGCGAUUGAAGAGGGCGCCCAACCGGUAGAUGGCCAGAGCCCUGAUGAGCAGCAUCGGGAGAACCUCAAGCAGUGCCAUGCCAUGCUGGCCCUUAUCCCACCGCGCCUGCCCAUCGAGAUGAGCUUUACCGAUGCGCUCGAGAAGCUGGGCAUGUUCCGGCCCGAAGCCGAGGGAGACGAGAAGUAUACCGACUUGCGAAUCGAUCGCCGCGACACUCCCGAUGGCCAGCCUCUAAACCCUGAUGGGUACAGCCUCAAGCCUGGCCAGGUAGUUGAUGUCGUUGUGGAGCACGAGAUGAAGCAGAGCCCUCUUAGGGGUGUCCUCCUUGCCAACGAGGUCGGCACAGGCAAGACAAUAGUGUUUGCGAUGGCGUGCAAAUUUUCUCUUGACCAUCGCCUGGCGAUGAUCGCAGAUGAGGGCCUCACUGAACGCGAUGAGACCGACCUGCCGCCCGUCAUGCCUACACUGAUCCUCGCCCCCGCCAGUGUAAUCGAGCAACACUUUAACGAGAUCAGCAACUACUUCCCGGAUGGCACUUUCCACAUACGGGUCUACCACGGUUCCGUCAACAACACCAGUCAUAACCCCGCGCUACAGAAGGCGGUCAUGACUACUGAGCAGCUGAUUGCGGAGAUGGACAUUGCUGUGCGCCAGAAGAAAACCUCACAGAACGCGCGAAAGCUUUGGCUAUGGUCAUACAGCACAGCAAGCCACCGCUUGCUCAAGAAGGAACCAGCCGUCACGUUUACAAGGCCAAAAGAGCGCCCCUACAGGUUCGGCCCCUGGGAGUUUGAUGUCCAUAAUGGUCUCCUACCCCUCGAUCCACAACGCAUGGAGCUUAUCCGCAAGGCUACAGCAAACAGUUACCUCUCGGCUAGCGCUGCUGGAAAGCAGGCUGUUGAGUCGGCCUUCCCUUUACCCGCCCCUGGGAAUGACGAUAAGGAUGAGCCUGUUGAUGAUGAUGACGACGGCCAGGUCGAGUUUAUUUUCGACAGCAAGGAGUACAAGAUUCACAACCAGACAGCUAGGGCCCACCACGUUUCUGGUCCGGAACAACAACAGCUAAUCGAGCAGUACGUGCUCGAUGGUGGUUCGACUACUUACACUAAUGACAGUGGGAAGGAGGUUCAAAAAGUGGCAAAAUUCCUCUCAAAGUUUAAUCUCCUGGACUUCCCCAAGGGAUUCUACUUUCAACACAUAGUGGCAGAUGAGUGCCAGUUUGUCCGGAAUCCCCUUACCGGCUUCUCUCGUUUACUGCGACUCCUGAUCAAGAUGUCUUACCGCAACCGACCAGAUAAGGAGCAAAACCCCUCAUCCUUGGUCCUAGUAUCCGCUACUCCAGCUAUCAACCAGGUCACAGACUACCGUGGAUUGAGCAGCCUGUUUUAG